AUGAAUAAUGCUACAAUGAACAUGAGAGUGCAGAUAUCUCUUCAAGAUACUGAUUUCAUUUCCUUUGGAUAUGUACCCAGAAACAGAAUUGCUGGAUCAUAUGGUGAGAAGCCUGGAAGCGAGCCUGAAGAGGCGAAGCUGCAGAUGGCCAGCAAACAGAUUGUGCAGAAUGCCAUCCUGCGGGCUGUGCAACAGGUCUCCCGGGAGAGUCGGCGCAGGGAUACCGGGGCUGGCGACGCCCCCCGGGGCAGCUUCCGUCCAGGCUCGGGGGAAUUAACCAAGAAGCAUGAAAAGAAGUAACACGGUGGAUGGGGCUCUUGUCACAUGCUUGGUUUCCAGCCUUUUUUAGUAUAAGAUGCGUCGCCAAAAGUGUUGCCAGUAAAGCAGACCCAAGCAGUAGGAUGAAUUCGCACUAGCCCUUGGCUGAGAAGCACUGUCCUGGAAAAGUACAUUAGACGAUUCUGUUAAUAUUAACGCAGUGCCUCUGAAGCCUAGUGGGGCCAAACACAACACUGUCAUUGCAGAAGCAGUUUUGCAGCACAAUUCAUUUCUAAAGUUCUUUAAAAAAAAAAAAAAAGAUUCUGUCUUGUUUAUUUACUUUGGCCUUGUAUGCAUUGUCUGUGACUUUAACCAGCAGUUCUUUCUGCUGAAACACUGAGUGCCGUACUGUGAUCUUUAUAUUUAAACAAGAUGAGCUGGAAAGGUGAAGGAACGGCGUUGCAGUCCUCCUCAAAUAUGGAAUCGAAGGCUUUAAUAAAGUGGGUUCAGGCCCAAGUUCAUAUUAAGCAAAGCCAAAUUCUAAGUCUCUCAGGAUCUUACCAAGGCAUGUAUUUAUACUAUUUUUUUUUUUAAAAGAAGGAGUAUAGCUUUUCAAGAACUCAAUCUCAGUCCUCUCAAUUGUCUGAUAGUUGGUUUUUCCCCUCUGUGCAGAAAUCCUUGGGAAAUAUUAUGGAUUUCUUUUCCCAUCUCAAGAUGAACAUAAGACAGGUGAAUCUAAAUGCAUGAGUUGCCAAUGUCAGCAACCCUUUGAAGAGCAAUUUGAAUUGUGGGUUCCAUCCUGGAGAUAUCAUAGGGUCUGAUUAUGGGGUGCAGGGUCCUUGGAAGGAGCUCCAGGGCCUUAUAAAUUCUGUGUUGCCAUCAGACUGUGCAUUUGUACUAGUACCUUGCUAACAGGAAAUUUUCUUUUCCUAUCCACAAAUUAGAUUUUUUUUUUUUUUUUAGAUUAUGAGAAUCGUACAUAUCAGGAAUGAAUGACACAUAAAAUGGCAAAAUCAUUUUCUCAGCUCUCUGAAAUGUGCAAAUACAGUGGGAUCAACAAAGCCACCAUGUUGUGAAUGCGGUUAUGGGAACAUAUGUGUGUGAAUGAAUAAAGCCAUCUCUGUUGCAACAGAAUGACUUCCGCUCCACUCCCAUGUGGGUACCACACAGCUUUCUGUGUCCUCAGAGUCCCAUUUCCUGGGCUUUGCAACAGUUAUUAAGUUGGUGCUACUGGGAACAGAGGAAGAAUUUGACCUUUGUUAGAAACUUUUGGGCUUUAGUGUAUCAAUGGUUACAUUUGAUAGUUUUUUAAAAAGCAAAGUAUCAGCAUAUGAAGUGUGACUGAUAUUAAAAUGUACUUCUAAAAUUCCAACAUUGCACUUUCCAGAAUGGAUACUAUUGAGAAAUGAAUGAAAACAAUCUCUUAUCCGUUCUGUUAGACUGUCUCACACCAUGUACAGGUGGGGUAAGUCCACAGGGAGAAUGCGGGAAGGAGCAGAGGGGUUAACAUUUAAAUAUGGGGUACUCAUAAUUUUCUUUGAGCAGUACUCAUGGCAAUCGAAGAGAGUUUAAGUUGACCUGAAGUCAUAUGACAGUUGUGAUAUGAUUGUACAGCCCAGAUAAUAGGAAUGAAGGUCUUAAGGGAAAUUAUUCAGGAGUACCCACAAAUAAAACAAUAAACCCAAUGCUUGUAGUUUGCAAGUGAUCUGGCACUCUGACUGCUGAGAUGUCUGGAUAUAACCAGCCUUGGAUUUUGCUGCCAUAUGGCAGAAACACUUAAACAUGCUCUCUUUCCUCUCUCUGGUGUGUCUGUGCUACUAUGUUGGGGAUCUUGGAGAAUAUCUGAUUAACCUCUGUAUCUAAAUGUUAUUUAUAAAUAAAAUAUA